AUGCAAGCCGGCAAGAGAAAGAUGCCUGGCGGGGGUAAGGCGCCAGCAUCGUCCGCUGCUUCCGGGUCGACGCAGCAGCAUCCACGACGUUUCGUUCGAGCAGAACGUCGUGGCGGGAGCGGAGCUGGUCGGGGAGGUGGCCGGGGAGGUGGUGGCGGCAAUCGAGCUGGCAGUCGUGCCGGUCCUGCUGGUGGGGGCGGAGCUCUCACCGACCCCAAGCUAAAGGACAAGUACCUCGACUUCUACCGCACGCUUUCGCCGACAAUCAAAAAGGUGACGGGCCGGGUGCUGCACUCCAUGCCAAAGCCUCAGCUGCUUACAAAAGAGAAGGCGCAGAAGAGGACCGAGGAGGAGAUAGACGUCGACCUUCCUGACGAAGCCAAGAGCACGCCCUCGAAGAAGAAGCAAAAGAAGUCGGUGAGCAUUACGGAGACGAAGGAAGAGAGGCGAAGCGGAAAGAAGAGGAAGCUCGCUUUGGACGAGGAAGGAGAGAACGGCCGCGCACUCUUGGUCUCCAUUACCGGCGAGGGAGAGAAGAAGAAGAAAGACGAGGCAGAGCACCAGAACAAGAAGAGAAAGCUCGACCUCAUCGCAUGUGAUGAGAAACAGGAAGAGGAGGAGGUGCCAGAGAAACCCUGGCUCACCUCGAUCACCCUCUACAUGGACUCUCCGCAGUCUCGACUCUCGAGCCCAAUCAAGGUGGUAAGGCGGGAGGUGGCGUGGCCAACAGAGCACGUGGUGCUUCCCCGAAGUCAGGCGCAGGUGCGGUUGGUGUUGCAGAAGCACAGUAAGGGCCACUGGGGGCCAAUACCCAUGUCACCGUCCCUCACGCUCGUGGUCGAGAAGCUGGCCAAGACCGGCAUCAUGAGCGUGGGCCAGAUGCACUCUUACAACUUUUGGCUGAAGACACAGCAAGCGACGGUCUGCCACCGUAAGGUUGCGCAGCAAGCGCCGCACCUCGCACAACUCUACGGCAGUGGUCAGUCCAUUGUGGAGCUCUCCGCUAAAUUCGAUCUCCCACCUGUGAGCUUGUUCCGAGCAAUCAUCUCCGCCCGGGACAACUUGAGCAAGAUCGAGCUCAAACGGGCCAUGAGCGAGGAGUCCGACCUCGACGAGAGGGAUCGACUGGAACUUGCGAAGGCGCGUGAGGCCGACAUGAUCACCACC